AUGGAUUCAAAUCGAAUUGCUCACAUUACAACAACAACAACAGGAUCAACAACAUUGAACAAUAAACAGCAAGGUUAUCAAUCAAUCACAUUACCUCAAGAUAAUCAACAACGCUCUCAAUAUUUAUCAAUAUUUCCACCACCAACGUCAGUCAUCACAUUAGGUGUCAAUGAUCAUCUAUUGUUACCGAAUGUACUAAAUAGUCAACUUGGAACCGAUGAAUUAAUGAGACGUCAACAAGCAAAAGAUUUAACGAAUACAUCAUUCUUGCCCUCUAAUGAUGAUGAUGAUGAUCAACAACAAUUUUGUUUAUCUUCCAUGGAUGCUAAAGAAUUAUCGACAAGAUUACAAGUCAACGAAUCAAUUAUUACGUGCAAUGCUAAUCGAUUACGUUUAAUUUGCCAGUUACUUUUUGGAUAUCAUGAAUCGUUUCGAGCUAAUGUACUCUCAAGAAGUAAUAUCGCUGUGAAAGAUCCAACAUUCUAUUCAAAACGAAUGUCUUUAGCAUUAGAAUUUUUCUUACAAAUCGAUGUUGAUACAUUCUAUAUGAAAACAUGUCGAUUUCGUGAUGCUCAACCUCAUCCAUCAACACUAGGUCUCUUUUGUAACGAUGAAUUACCACAAGCUAGAUAUAGUAUGGUUCCAUGUGGUGAUGACAAUUGCCUAUGUUGUCAAACAAUGACAAAUCAUCAACAAAGUUCAUUAUGGUCUACAAUUGAUUUUGCAAAUAGUUCAAAUCAUCGUUUUGUCAAUGGUUAUACAACUUCUUUGAAUUGUCCAGCAACAUGUCAAACGUCAAAUAUUGUUUAUGUGAUGACAUGUGUAUGUGGUAAGUAUGAAUUUAUGGAUUCAACAUCGAAAACACUAGCUCAUGCUUUAGCACAUCAUCGAUUGACAUGCAAUCAAAUGAUACAUAGUAUCUUAACUGGUACUUCAAUCUAUCAUAUGGCAAUGACAUCAGCAGAACGUACUCAACAUCGGAUUAUGAAACGAAUGCGUCUCUAUCAACAUUUAGCUCAUUGUUCAACGGCACUUCAAUGGUUUCUUGAACGAAACCCAAAUUAUUGGUGUUUUAUUCCAAUGUCUGAAAAAGACGUAGAAACAGAAGAUACUCUAUAUAGACAAGUUCUUCAUUCUACCCGAUCGGCAAUCUAUUUUGUACCACCGACGAGUUCAGAUCAUCAACGAAAAGUAGACGAACUUAUGAAUUGUGUGCCAUUAUCAUCUGAAGGACGUCAUUUCUCAUGCUUACAAAUAAAACAAGUAAAAUUAUUUUUCGAUCAUUUUCUCUUAAGUGAUAUUGGUCAAUCUCCUUUUGUUGAAACCGAUAUGUAUCAAAUGAAAAUAAUUGCUGUUUUACCUGUUGAUGAUUCAAUUCUGUUACGAUAUAUUAUUGAAACAUUGUUCAUUAUUCAUGCUGAAACAAAAUUAAAUAUGAUAUGUCCAAUUGGUGGUGAUCCUCAAAAACGUUAUGGUUCACCUUAUGAUGGAAAAUGGUAUGAUAAUUUAAUACGUCCAGCAACUCCAACUCGAGAAACGAUCGUUUCAGUAAUUCAAAUGACGAAAGAAUAUAAUCAACGUCCAUUUCACAAUCCUCAACAAUAA